UAAAGGUUUGCAAAAGUGCACAAUGCUGUCUUUUGAGCUUCUCGUUUUCGCUCUUUUUGUGGCAGGAGGGUAUGCCAUCCCAGUCCUUCCAGACACCUCUAAACAAAAUGACGGCCAACUAGCACAGGAUUAUCUACGCAGGUUCUACAAUCUCUCAAGUGCACCUGGAGAUCACUUAAAACGAAGCAGUGGACAAUUUGCAAAAAAACUUAAAGAAAUGCAGGAGUUUUUUGGCUUGAAGGUGACUGGAAAAUUAGAUACUGAAACGAUUCAGAAGAUGAAAACACCCAGAUGUGGGGUACCUGAGGUGGCUUCAUACUCUACAUUUCCAACACAACUAAAGUGGCCAACAAACUAUCUGACUUACAGAAUUGAAAACUACACACCUGAUAUUUCUAAAGCUGAUGUAGACAAAGCAAUAAGUCAUGCAUUUGAAGUUUGGACUGAAGUUACCCCACUAAAAAUCACCAGAAUCUACAGUGGAACAGCUGACAUUGUGAUCUCCUUUGUUUAUGGAGACCAUGGUGACAAUUCCCCCUUUGAUGGUCAUGAAGGAAUACUCGCUCAUGCUUUUGCACCUUCACCAGGCAUUGGCGGAGACACACACUUUGAUGAAGCUGAGUCCUUUUCCACUGGCACAUCAGGAUACUGUUUAUUUCUCGUGGCUGCCCAUGAGUUUGGUCAUGCUUUAGGCCUGUCACACUCAAAAGAUCCAGGUGCCUUGAUGUACCCAACCUAUAGCUACGUCAACCUAGAAACUUUUACUUUGUCAAGCGAUGAUAUUGAAGGGAUUCAGGUUUUAUAUGGGCCUAAUCCUGACAAACAUCCACAACAACCAGCUCCACCAAAAACUCCCAGUGCAUGUGAUACCAGCUUGGUUUUAGAUGCAGCGACCACUUUUCGGGGGGAAACAAUGUUUUUUAAGGACAGGUUCCUCUGGCGCAAGAGCCCUGGUAGUGUAGAAGUUGAACAGACCACCAUCAAAACCUUUUGGCCAGAACUUCCUGACAAAGUUGAUGCAGUGUAUGAGAGCUUCGUAUGGGAUACAAUAUUUGUAUUUAAAGGAAAGAGGGUUUGGGGUCUGCAAGGUUAUGAUAUCUUACAAGGCUAUCCAAGAAGUAUCCAGAAAUUUGGAUUCCCACCAAAAGUGAAAAAGGUCGAUGCUGCAUUGUACAUUGAACAGACUCGAAAGACUUUGUUCUUUGUUGGAACUCAUUAUUACAGUUAUGAUGAGACAAGUAAAAAAAUGGAAAAAGGCUACCCCAAAUUAAUAAAAGCCGACUUCCCAGGAAUUGGUGGACAAGUUAAUGCUGCUUUAGAAAGCAAUGGUAUCAUGUAUCUCUUCAAUGGUCCAAGAAUAUUUGAAUAUGACUUUCAGUCAAAGAAAGUGCUUGGUGUUUUAAAUGGAAAUUACUUUCUUGGUUGCCAAAAAUAAAAGAAAGCUGUUUUGUUCAAAAAAAUAUAUUAAGUAUCUUACUGUGAUUUUUUUAUAUACUUGCUUACAGUAUGUGCAUGUGAGUGUAACUUAGACUGAACUAUAAUAGUUAUCAAGCGUUCAAAGUGUUUUUAUAUUUACUUUGCACUUUUAUAUUUUGUAAAAGCUCUUUGCAAUUGUUUAUUAAAACAAAACUU